AGGGAGGAGAUAGUUGGGGCUAGAGGCCAGUGUGUGAAAGCGAUUAAAACACAGUCGUGGCUUCAGCACUCAGCCAAGCAGCAAAUGUGGACUGAAGGCGAACGCCACUGGAGGUUUUCAGCGUUAAAUGUGUCUUUUUAGCUCCUUUUACACAAGCUCUAAAACUUUACGACAGAACGUUCCCCUGGAGUGGGGAACUCCUGCUUUGCUGAGCUGAACACUAAGAAGCGUUUUCACCGAAAAGAUGGAAUAAAGAUCCCGGAACGACAGAAAAAGCGAGGACUGGAAACGGAGAUGUAAACUUGGGCCACGUCCGGGAACCUGGAAUCUUUUUCUACUAUUUUUUUUUCUUCUUCUGACUCCUGGGGGGGAAAGUGUUCUCAAAGGAUUUUGCAAACACACACGUCCAGACACUCUUAGCACACUUCCUAGCACUUCCAACUCUCAGGUUCUGGCUUUUCUCAGGAGAAGUUGUCGUUUGCUUUGGUGGGCUGAGGAAACACUGGGCUGUUUUAUUGAUUUGCGUUGUGAAUAUGUCGUGAAUAUUACAGCAGCACAGAACCGUAGAGAAGUGUCCGGGAAUAUAUGAUAAAAAUCAAAAUCUGUAUAUACAAAAAUACAAGAAAAUAUAAACAACUACAAAAAAAAAUAAUCUAAAAAAUGAUUCAAGAAGAUUAGAUGGUUCCCAGUAUGUUUAUGUUGUCGUAACCAGUGACCAGUAAUAUUGCAUAUAGGUUAACAGUAAAUAACUAGCAAAUAAAUAGCAGCUUAUUUUUAAUAGAGCUUAUUCUAUACUGUACAGUAACAUGCUAUACAAAUUUUUGGCAAAUAUUUGCCUUGAGAUUUGAUCAAAUAUGAGGUGUAUGCCCGAUUUUUGGAAGUUAGAUUUAUCAUAACAGUGCUCUUAAUGCUAUCAAGCUUUGCUCAUCAUUUUUCCCCACACUUAUUACAAUUAUAACAUAAAACAUAAUCUGUGACUUUGUAGCUUUCAUUUUUAAAUGAGCAUCAAAUUUGCAGCAGAAUGAUAUUAUCCAAGUGAUUUUACACACAAUAAUUCAAUUUUCCAGUGGUAUAUAAACAGGUCUAACUGUGCACAGAUCGGCUCAGACAGGUUCUGCUUGAGAGAUAGGGUGAACUCAUGCAUAUUCAUGGUGGAACGUGUGGCUUUCGAGGAGAGACAGGAUGUCCACCACAUGCAGAGAACAGUUCAGACACUCACACAUGGCUGUAAUCUACUUUCAGCAUGUUCAGCCACGGUGUUCAGAGACUGGGUCUGUUUGAGUUAUCAGCGUGUUGACUUUGGGCCAUCAGGAGGCCUCGUAAAGGGCUGAGUUGUGGAGGGCAUAGUCUUACGCACAAACAUAAGAAAGGCAUAUUAAGUCGUUAGACCUAUCUAUGUUGUUUUGAUUAGAGAGUACUUAAUUACUGAUCAUUUUGAUGAUUUAUCAAGAAAUCUUUAUUUUUAAAUAAAUAAAUUUUAAAGCAGCAGUGUCCUGGCACAACAAACUCUACAGCAUCUAAUAUACUCAUUAUAAAACCAGAGUGGUCUGGUAGGUUUGUUGGAUGUAAUUGCUCUCUACAUUUUAACAGUAUUUCAUAGAUUAACAAAAUGAACAAAACAGAAUACUCCAUAUAGAGAAUUUUACAUAUUAACUUAUUUGCAUUAGCCUGCAUUAAAACUACUCUCUUGCAUGCUCUUCACAAUUAUACAUUUUCAAAAGAGUGGUCUCUAAUUCCCCAUAUCCACCAAACUUACAGACUAUCGCUUUAAAAAUAGACUAAACUGAACAUUAGCAAAUCAAAAUUGAUCUUUGUAAAAUAGCAAAUUACAAAAACAUAAAAAGGCCUUUUGAUUUUUCUCAUUUAUUAAUAAGUGUUGCAUAGAUUUCAGAGUAAAUAUGGCAGAUUACCAAAAAAAGAGCACAUUUUAAAUGAUAUUUAAUCCAGUUAAUUGAUUUUGAUAAUUGUGACAGCCAUUAGAAUCACAUUUACAAUUGACAUUACAGUAUUUUUCACAGACUUUCUAAUCUGGUGUGAUUUCUCUAAAGUAUAGUCCAGUGGUGUAUUUGUCUAGGCAAGGGGUUGAACCAGUUUAACUAACAUUGGCUAAUUGAAGUUUAUUCAGCUGGAGUUUAUAUAAGGAGUCUUUGUAUAAAGUGAAGCUGGUCAUUUUGUAGACAGGCAAACUUAUAAACCUGUAUUCUCUUCGUAUACUCACAUAUUCAUCUUUCAUACGUAAAGAAUGUUACAGUGGUCAUUUUCAGUAUUAAAUGUCUCCUAGUUAUAGCUUUUGUAUAUAAAACUGCUGAAAGUUUCUAGCAGUAGGUCCCACUAUUCUCCCUGGUAUAUUUAUCUUAGCCCUGCAGGGGUGGAUUUAUCCCAGUGCUGUAUAUUUAAUAGGGCAGCACAGUGGAGUGUGUUGUGUUGUUUAUGUAUGGGAUGUGUGUCAGGUAUGUGUGUUGGUAUGCGAGUCCUCUUGCCCACUUCAUGCCCAGGGAACCUCCUGGGGCUUCAUUAGCAUUGGCCGGUUAAUGAUUGCUAAACCUUGGCCGCCCUUCCUGGAUUCUUCCAGACACCUUGUGUAGAAAAAACAAGGCCUUGUCUUUCUCUCCUGUGCCAGAACAAGGGGGAUUUGAGGUCUUAACUUCACUCAGUACCAAAAAAGUAGGAGUAUAGUGUGUCCAGGCUACCUUUCCACACACAAAUACACACACACACACAGUCAUCAGUGUCUGCCUCGUCCCAUCGCCUCCAGUCUUCUCAGGACAUUUUUUGAGCAUAUCCAUAUUUUUCCUCUGGAACACACAAUUUUUUCUUUUUUUUCUGAUCAAAACAAGCAAGCAAGUAAACCAUGGAUUCAGACUCAGAUUCUCCAUUUAACUACUCCUGGCCCUCCUUUCCCAGAAUGAGGAUUCGGAAAAGGGUAGCCAAACCAGAGACAUCGUGCUCCCCUCCUGGCUCCUGCUCUCCGUUCCAGCUUCACUCGACACACACUGCUGCUGCCAGACUUGCUGCCAUGCUAAACCGUGGCGGAAAGGUUCAACAGCUGCCUCCCAGUGAGGAUGACCUCAGCAGAAAGUAUAGCAUUUCUGGAGUGACGGGAGACAGCUCUGGGACAGACAGUGGGGUGUGGCCUGGUUCAGGGGCGGAGACUUCUUCAACUGGAUCAAUAGACACGCCACCACCUGUUAAAGAGGAUGAGGGGCCAAAAGAAAAACCCUCCUUUUCUCGCCCUUUCUCUCCAUCUUUCACUCAUUUCUCCCCCACUUCCCCAGCAGGGCUGGUGCUAGACAGGUUUCUUCGUACCAACCGUCCCACUGAUCCGACCUACAACAGUGCAAGCUCUCCUCCAGAAUCAUAUGAACUUAGCCCCAGUCUUGUGGCUUUGGAAAUGGACAGUGAGGAAGAAGAUGAUGAUGACUUUCUUAUGAAGAAGCCACUUCCCCAGAUAUCUUCUGACCAGAAGAGCAAUGGAGAUGCCCCCGCCCCUGACCUCACCUGCAUCCGCUCUCAUUCUGCCUCUUCUGCCUGUAAUAACACAUCUUCAAAGGACCCUGCUGAUCAGGGAGGUCGUCUCCGUUCAUACUCUUACUCAUCCCCCAAAAUCAGCCUGCUGCCCCCUCGCUUUAGCCGAGACCCCCAGCCCCCACCUGCUGACAUCAGCCAGGAUGGCGCCCUCUCCGGCAGCAGUGGCAGCAGAUCUCUCCUACACGCUCUGUCUCUCUCUAAAUCUCUCUCUCUGCUCAAUCCUGUUAAACAGCGUGCCUUCAGCUUAACCGAGCAGUCACAGGAGAAAAGGGAGUUAAAGUUCCGUAGACGUGCUCAGUCUGCCGACGACGAGUCCAGCGUUGAGCUGGAUGACUCCCUCCAGCACCUUACGCUCUCCGAAUUCCUCAAAGAAAUCGAAGAAGAAGAAUGGGAUCGGUACAUAAUUCCUUCAAAGACGGAGUCUGAGAAAUAUAAAGUUAGCCGUACCUUCAGUUUCAUCAAGAGUCGAAUGUAUAGCACCCGCAACAAGAAUAAGGGGAAAGCAAAGGAGAGGGAAGCCAAAGAGAAGCAGGGUAACGGACACCAGUUUACAGCAGGAGCAGGACCGGGGCCUUCAGUGUGUGAGGUGUGCGACAAGCCUGCUGCCGGGAAAGAAACUUUACACUGCACCAACUGUGCCGUGAGCAUCCAUAAGGGCUGUAAAGACUCAGCAGCACAGUGUCUAAAGAAAGUUCAGGAUAAGUAUGCAGUUUCCAUGGUGAAGAACAGAGCGGCCACGCUGCCUCAGAAUUUUAUAGUGCGUGAAAGUGCUUCAUCUUCAUCAUCUUCACCAAUGUCCACUUCAAACUCCCUACCAGUGAUGACCUCACGGGACAGGAAGGACACGACCCCUCUGCCCUGCCCUCUCUCUAGGAGUGUUCCUCUAGUUCCAGAGCGGCUUGCUGAGAGUCCAGAGGACGACAGUGAUUCCUCUAUCUGGAAAAUUCCUGUUCAGUCAGAAGAUCCCCUGCAGAGUGUGGAAUCCUCUACCUCCACAGAGUCCUCGCUCCUGGAAGACACAGUGGACGCUUCUCUACAGAACGAGUUGGGGGCAGAUGCUCAGGAUUUGGAGGCGGAGUCCUGGAGUCUGGCAGUGGAGCCUCAUUUCUGCCAGAGGCAGGAAAAACGCACCAUCAAGAGACAGGAUGUCAUCUAUGAGCUCAUGCAGACGGAGUUACACCACUUGCAGACACUGACCGUCAUGGCGGAGGUGUUCAGGCGGGGCAUGCGUGAGGAGGUGGGGUUGGACACAGACAGCCUUGGUCGAAUAUUUCCCUGCUUGGAUGAACUCCUCAUCCUGCACAGAGACUUCCUUUCGGCUAUGAGGGAGAGACGGUAUAGCUCUGCUCAUCCUGACAGCGACAGGAACUAUCUCAUCCACCGCGUGGGUGACAUCCUUUUGCAACAGUUUUCUCAGGAGAAUGCUGAAAACAUGAAGCAGGUGUACGGGGAGUUUUGCAGCCACCACACUGAAGCAGUCAGCUUCUUUAAGGAGCUUCAGCAGCAGAAUAAGAGAUUUCAACUGUUUAUUAAACAACAGAGUAGCAACUCACUGGUGAAGAGGCGGGAAAUCCCAGAGUGCAUUUUAUUAGUCACACAGCGAAUCACCAAAUACCCUGUGCUCUUAGAGAGGAUACUGCAGUACACUGAAGAGGGCACAGAAGAGCACGCUGACCUGUCCGCUGCACUGGCUCAUAUCCGUGAGUUGAUCUCAGCGGUGGACCUGCGGGUAAGCCAGCACGAGCAGAGCCAGUGGCUGAACGAGGUUUUAAACCGCAUGGAGAAUAAAAGCUCAGCCAAGCUGAAGAACGGCCUCACCUUCCGCAAGCAGGACAUGGCCAGUAGUAGAGCACUCCUGCACCGUGGCCCUCUGCUCUGGAAAACCGCCACAGGGAGACUGAAAGAUGUGCUGGCUCUUCUGCUGACGGAUGUGCUGGUAUUCCUCCAGGAGAAAGACCAGAAAUACAUCUUUGCUACAGUCGACCAGAAGCCCCCAGUGAUUUCCUUGCAGAAGCUGAUAGUGAGGGAGGUGGCUAAUGAGGAGAGAGGCAUGUUCCUCAUCAGUGCAUCUACUGCUGGCCCAGAGAUGUACGAAGUGCACACGGCCUCCAAAGAUGAGCGCAACGCCUGGAUGAGGCUCAUCCGAGAGGCGGUGGUGAUUUGCCAUGAAAAGGAGGAUGACACUACAAGUGAAUCAGAAGAAGAGAGAAAAGUGGCAGAAGCAAAGAUCCAGAAGAUUCACAAACUACAAGAUACUCUGUGUGGUCAGGACCAGCUGAUCUGUUCCAAUCUGGAGGAGAAGCUGCAGAUCUAUGCAGAGCUUUCGGCCAUGGCAGGCCACAGGGAAGUGGGGCCGGAACCCAGGCUGCUAGUUCGGCCUGGAACAGAUGAGCUUCCCCACGCUGCCGUCCUACUCAACGCAGCACUUAAAGAGGCGGAGAGUUUAAGAGCAGCUCUGUCAUCUCACCUCACCAUCACCAGUGGUCCAGCUUCUCUUCCUGUGCUCGGGGAGCAAACUUCAGCCGACAUCUCUGGCACAGUCGAGCCACUUCCUGUUACUCCAUCUCCUUCUCCUCCUCCUCCUUCAGCCUCUGAAGCUGAACCUCUUUCAUCUGAGACUCUGAAGAGUGAAGAACAGGAAGUGGGAGGAGAGGAAUGCAUGGACCUGCAGCUCAGUAAUCCUAGCACAGCAACUGAUAAUCAUAAUAUGCACAUUAAGGUGUGCCAGAGUGUCCAGAGUUUGACCCAGUUGCUCUACAGCCUACAGGCGGCUGUCACCAUCCAGGAUAGCUGCUACGAAGUCCAGCGGCUCCUCCUUCAUCUCUUGUCAAGCUCCUCCUCCCAACACAUUCAGCCCCGCCCCACGCUCGGCCUGCAGGAGCAGGAGCGUCAGCGGGAGGCAGAGCGGCGGAAAGAGGAAGCGGCGGGCGUGGCGCGGUUGCGCAGCGCCCUCUCUCGGGAACAGCAGCAGUGGGAACGCGAGUGCCAGGCCCGGCAGCUCCGGCACAGCCAGCAGGAGAACGUGCUCGAGCAGAGGGAGCAGCAGUGCCACCUGGAGGCGCAGAGGCUGCAGCAAGAGCGUGAGGAGCUGCACGAGCAACUGCAGGACUACCAGCAGAGUCUGGAACGUCUGCGUGAGGGUCAGCGCAGCGUAGAGAAAGAGAGGGAACGGCUGGAGACUCAGCGCCGGCUGCUGGACAGCUGGAAGCACGGAAAGCAACUGAGCCUGCCAGCCAUGGUCAUACCGCUGGACGGUCAGCAGAGUUCGAGCUUCAGUCAAAGUAAUUUUGGUGGUCAAGAUGAGGAGAGCUCCAUCUUUGUCAAUGAAGCUGCGCUCCUGAAUCCUGCUGUGAACAACAGACAUCUUCAUGAUCAUCAGCAUCAGUAUCAUCACAGCCCCCACCUGCAUCCUGGACUGCUGGGCUACACAGACUCUCCCAGUGCCCAGAACAGUUUGAACUCUCUCCUGGCCUGGUCCAACCAUUCACUUCACACCAUCAGCGUGCCAGAACCUUCCACGGCACACGAGGGAUGGGAAGGAAACCAAGAUGUGGGUCCACCAGGCCAUGCAGGAGAAGCAUGGAGAGCAGGGGUGGCAGCGGUGGGGCUUUACCAAGGUGAUGCCCUCUCCGUACCGCCGGCUUAUGUUUCUGUGGAAACAGAGAGCCGAGACGCAGAGGGAGAGGAGAACAUUGUGUAUCUUUAAACAGACAUCUGUUGAAGCUCCGUCUGAACUGCUACCCUUGAAGAACAAACACAAACAGAACUUCAGCCAGGAAAUUGCAGUGACACAGAAAACGAGUAAAGGUUGAACUGCUCACACAGCAGAGCUGCAUCCAUAUUUAUCCUCGUGCCGUGAAGUUUUGGACCACAUUUUUCAUAUUAGCGCUUUCAUCGUUGUUUCAAUUUGCACUUCAAUCCAGAAGAAUCAAAGCUCUUAAUGUGAUCUGGAAUCAUUGGCAAGAGUAAGAGAAUCCCCUUUUCAAGCUCCUCUUCUAAUUAUCUAGUUCCAUUUUCAGUGUUCUGAACAAAAACAUACUAAACCAAGCUAAUCUGUCCCAAUGUUCUAAUUUUCUUGCCAGUUUUUCAGCUAAAAAAUGUAGGUGCUUCAGCAGGCUCUUUGGGUGAUUCCAUUGAACAAGUGUCAGCAAUCAUGAUCCUGGGGGUCUAAUUCCUGCACAUUUUUUGUGCUCGUCCUCCUCAAGCAACUCCCCAUUGAUCUCAAGUGUUAAUUGGCAGGUUUAGUAGAAAAAUUGGGUUUGUUCCUGAAACAAAAUCUGUUGAUGACUGUUCACACUGAUAUUCAUUGAUAUUAAUGAGACCAGAUUUGUGUUUAGAGAUGACGUAUCUAAAUGGGUUGUUGUGGUAUCCAGGUCAGAGUGUCAAUAACUGAUCUUGUGUGCUGAUUUUGGACCCCUGUAUUUCAGCCACUCUGGAUUUGAUGAAGUUAUUGUUUGUCACAUAAUGAGACACAAAAGACACUUUGAAAUCUGAUUUGAGCGUUCACACUGAGACAUAUCGGUAUGAAUCUGUUAUUGCAUGUUAAACCACUUCCAAAUGUACAGUACAGGCCAAAAGUUUGGACACACCUUUUCUUUUUCAGUGCGUUUUCUUUAUUUUCAUGACUAUUUACAUUGUAGAUUCUCACUGAAGGCAUCAAAACUAUGAAUGUGAAAACACGUGGAGUUUUGUAAUUAACAAAAAAAAAAAAGGUGAAAUAACAUGUUUUAUAUUCUAGUUUAUUCAAAAUAGCCACCCUUUGCUCACUCUUGGCAUUCACUCUAUGAGCUUUAAGAGGUGGUCACCUGAAAUGGUUUUCCAACAGUCUUGAAGGAAGGAGUUCCCAGAGGUGUUUAGCACUUGUUGGCCUCUUUGUCUUCACUCUGUGGUCCAGCUCACCCCAAACCAUCUGGAUUGGAUUCAGGUCCGGUGACUGUGGAGGCCAGGUCAUUUUUUGUUAAGUACAAAACUCCACAUGUGUUCAUUUAUAGUUUUGACGCCUUCAGUGAGAAUCUACAAUGUAAAUAGUCCUGAAAAUAAAGAAAACACAUUGAAUAAGAAGGUGUGUUCAAACUUUUGGCAUUAACUGUAGUGUGAAUCUGAUGUGCCAAAAAAAAUCUAGAAUGGGCUUGCCGUUUUUAACUUAGCCUUAGAGCAGGUUAAUCAGCAAACAAUACUUGUCUCCACCACCCUCCACAGAAGAAGAACCAUUUUUGGUUCCACAGAGCACCUAUUAGAAAGAGAGUUGUAUGUGAAGAAUACGGUGGCCGAGUAAGCCCAACGCAGUGCAAAUUGAAAAGCGCUGCAAAAGCACAAAACACAUCCAUCAAAAUUACAACACAGGCGCAGCAAAUAGAAAAACGCGCUGCAAAUAGAAAAACGCGCUGCAAAUACAACCACAACACAACGGAAGUGAGUCACAACACAACGGAAUUUUCCCGGGGGACCUUAAAAGAUACUGUACCAGCUAAGCUGCGUCUUCAGUAACGUCUCGGACUUCACUAUGUGUACAAAGGACAAUAAGUGGCAAACAAGGCGUUUUGUGAAGCAGAACUUUUAAUAAUAUGCACACAACCGUGGUAAUCACAGGUAAUAAACAUAACUUACUUUUCAGAAGCUUGUUUGCCACUUAUUGUCCUUUGUAUACAGCUGGUACAGCAUCUUUUAAGGUCCCCCGGGAAAAUUCCGUUGUGUUGUGACUCACUUCCGUUGUGUUGUGGUUGUAUUUGCAGCGCGUUUUUCUUUUUGCAGCGCGUUUUUCUAUUUGCUGCGCCUGUGUUGUAAUUUUGAUGGAUGUGUUUUGUGCUUUUGCAGCGCUUUUCAAUUUGCACUGCGCUGGGCUUUCUCGGCCACCGUAGAAGAACAUUUAAAUAGAUUAAAGAAGUGGAUCACAAGGUGUUUUGUUACAAUUUAAAGGUACUUAACACUGGUUUCUCUUGCAAAUAAAGAUUCUCUACAGAUGAGGAAACAUAUGGUUCCUCUGUGAUAUAACUCUUUGUGGCACCUUUACGUUUAAAAAUAUACUCCUUUUUCCAUAUUUCUUAGUCUUUCUGCAACAUAUAUUUCUAUAUUUCAGCUUUUUCACUGCAGUGUGUGUGUGAUCUAAGGAGAUUCUGUAGGGUCAGUGUUCUGUCGCCUUGCCUGCAGCCCGCUGAGACAGAAUUAGGUUACUCAGUUUCAAACCAUGUGCACACACACAGACGCACACACACACACAGACACACACAGACACACACACACACACACAUUUCUGUUGCCGUGCGCCACAUUCUGUUCCAAACUAGACUCUUAUUAAUGACCUCGUUUCUUUGCAGUGGACGGGAAAUGAAGCACUUAGCAUUACUAGUAGGCGUUGAAUUACCUCAUUUAUGAAAGCAUACACUGCCUGGGUCUGUGCUUGCAAGUAGAGAAAUGGCAUUAGAUUAAUACCAGCUCAGGCUACAACACAAAUGCCCCCUCCUCCAUAUGGGAGAGGGUGUUUAUUUAUAUCAUUUCCAGCUCAUCACAACCCUUCCAAAUACUCAGCAAUCUGAGGACUGCUGGCACAUACAGACAAGCUUUAGACAGCUUAAAAAAAGGACUGCAUGAAAUUGAAUGGGGGAAAAAAAUCUAUAUUCCAAAUAUUUUGCUGCAUGACUUAAUUGUGAUAUGCUUUACAUUAUAAAAAGUGCAGUGUAAUUAGUCAGCACCUUGUAAAAAAGGAUACAUUGAUGCGAAUAUAAUAUAAACACCAAAAGCCAUUCGAGUAUUAGCACCCCCUUGUGGAGAAUCUUCUGCCUGCUAAAUGUGAGUAAGUUGCUUUUAAAAUCAUUUAGACAGGCCAGUUUUCAAACUCACUCACAAGAUAACGCACAACACCUUAAAGCUUAUACAGGUGUGGGAGGUGACUUUUUCCCAUGAUGAUUUUUGUCUUGCCACCAGGAACAUUUCAUAGUUAUAUAUAUUAAAAGUGAUUGUUCACCCUAUUACACUUAAUCUUGGAUGAUCAUGUCUCACAGAAUGGACAUGUAGAAAUCUUUCAUUUCAGGUUGAAGCUUUGAUUUUACUGCUUGCAAACCAUUUUCAUCCAGACUAUUUUUUUUAUUGCAGCAACUGUUAAAAGCUGAAGUUCUGUGAAUGACAUUAAAUUUCUGUAAUGUCAUAUUUCUAUAAAAACUGCAAUCUUAAUUCAGAAUAGACAUGUUUAAUUCUGAAUUAUGACUGCACUACUACUCGCCCUACUCUCUGCUAGACCUUUCUACCAAUUGCACUACAACCGAGUCCAUGAAUCAGUUGUGUCCUAAUCAUUAGGCAAAAUGUCAAUUUAUUAUUAUCUUAUUUGCCACAUGAAGAUGCGUUGCUACAUUAUUUACCAUUUAAAGACUGCCAAUCUGGGGGCUUUUAGUUGGUGCAACCCUCUGUUAGAACAUUGAUGCCACAGACAUCCGUAGCAUCAGCAAAGAGAAGCCGAUAGAUGCCAAGGGAGGCCCCUCAUUACUUAUUUAGCAUGAUGCUAGCAAGUGUUAGCUUCUGUAAAUUGAUGCAACAGAAUUGGCAGUUAGAAUUCUCCUCAACGAGUGUGUUGAUCUCCUUCAGCUGUGUGAAAGAGGAAGACCUUAACAGUGGGUUAAAUUUGCAAAUCCUAAAUUGUCUAUCAGUCAGAAUAAAAAGAAAAGCUUAUUUCAGAUUCAGUGUACAAUUAAUUUGCAUCAGGUUCAGGGUGAAAUGCCCUUUUUGUUAAAUUUAGUUCAUGCUAAUACUUAAGUAAUAAAUGAAUGAGAAUGUCUAAACUUUUCUAAACAAAACCAAAUUCUAGUUUUUGAUGCAACAAAGUUGUCAAUUUUCUUUAAAAAAAAAAAAAAAAAAAACUUUAAAAUGGUGGAUAUUUGGAUAUUUCUUGUAAAGGGCCCAAGUGAUCGGUUAUACAAAGUUAGUCUAAUGAGACAAAACCCAAUUUGACACCCUGACACUACUAGAAAUCUACAACUGUGGUACUGUGGAAUCAAAGCACUGCGUGGUUUAGUGUUUUUCUUGCUCUAAUACACACCGCUCAGCUUUUUGAGGCUCAUCUAAAAAUGACUUCCCUUGCUUGGCGCUGCCCAUCAAUCAUGAAGAAAAUAAUACUCCAGCCUUGAGUUUCUGUAAAACCUGUAUCACCCGGAAUGGAAAAAAAAAACAGAAAAAAAGAAGCAAAAGAAAUAGUAAAGAAAACCCAUAAAUGUGGGUUUUCUUUUCCAGAGUGUAGUAGUACCUUGUGUAAAAAGAUGUUAUAGUUCAUUUGUUGUUCAUUAUUCAUAUCCUUUAUUUAAUGUCAGUACAUACUGUGUAGAACCCAUUAUGAUGUACAUAUGAUGUAUUUUGUACAAUUGCUGUUAUAUUUAGACAUUGUGCUGUGUACAUUUCCAGGCAUUAUUGUAUGCUGUAUGUAUUUAACAUAUAUUAAAACAUGCUUCUCAUAA